GUUCCACAACGGGACCCUGCUGGACAGGCGAGAGCACGGGUCCGGAGCCCACUUGGAGCUUCGCGGGCUGCGCGUGGACCAGGCGGGCUUCUACCACUGCAAGGCGUGGAACGAGGCGGGCGCCGUGCGCUCCCGCACCGCCCAGCUCACGGUACUCGCCCCAGGGCAGCCAGCCUGUGACCCGCGGCCCCGAGAGCACCUGAUCAAGCUGCCGGACGAGUGCGGCCAGCCCGGCGGUGGCCCUGCCUACCUGGACGUGGGCCUGUGCCCGGACACCCGCUGCCCCGGGCCCGCAGGCUCGGGCGCUCGGUGCGGGGACGCGGGCUCCCGCUGCUGCUCCGUGCGCCGCCUGGAGAGCAGGGCGAUCCGCUGCUCGGGCUCCGUCCUCCCGGUGAAGGUGGUGGCCGAGUGCGGCUGCCACAAGUGCCUGCCCCCCCGGGGGCUGGUCCGGGGCCGCGUGGUGGCCGCGGACACGGGGGAGCCUCUGCGCUUCGCCAGGAUCCUGCUGGGCGGGGAGCCCAUCGGCUUCGCGUCCUACCAGGGCGACUUCACCAUCGAAGUGCCGCCCUCCACCGAGCGCCUGGUAGUGACUUUCGUGGACCCCAGUGGCGAGUUCGUGGACGCCGUGCGCGUCCUGCCCUUUGAUCCCCGCGGUGCGGGCGUGUACCACGAGGUCAAGGCCCUGCGCAAGGAGGCGGCGGUGCUUCUGGACACCAGCCAGGGCAACGCCAUCCCGCUGGGGGACCCGGAGGGAGAGGGUCCCCUGGGCGAGCUGCUGCUGCCGCCUGGGUCCUUCCGCCACGCGGAUGGCCGGCCCUACUCGGGGCCCGUGGAGGCCCGCGUCACGUUCGUGGACCCCAGGGACCUGUCCUCGGCGGCCUCCGCCCCCAGCGACCUGCGCUUCGUGGACGGCGACGGCGAGCUGGCCCCGCUGCGCACCUAUGGCAUGUUCUCCGUGGACCUGCGCGCGCCGGGCUCCGCCGAGCAGCUGCACGCGGGGCCCGUGACCGUGCGCGUGGCCGCCGGUCACAUCCACAUGGCCGGCCACGCCGAGGCCCUGCAGCUGUGGUCGCUGAACCCGGACACGGGGCUGUGGGAGGAGGAGGGCGGCUUCGCGCGCCAGGGCCCCGCGCGCGCCGGCCGCGCGCGCCGGGAGGAGCGCGCGUUCCUCGUGGGCAGCGUGGAGCUGCGCGAGCGGCGCCUCUUCAACCUGGACGUGCCCGAGCGCCGCCGCUGCUUCGUGAAGGUGCGCGCCUACGCCAACGACAAGUUCACGGCCAGCGAGCAGGUGGAGGGCGUGGUGGUCACGCUGGUCAACAUGGAGCCCUUGCCGGGUUUCAGCGCCAACCCCCGCGCCUGGGGCCGCUUCGACAGCGCGGUCACCGGGCCCAACGGCGCCUGCCUGCCCGCCUUCUGCGACGCCGAGCGGCCCGACGCCUACACGGCGGUGGUCACCGCCACCCUGGGUGGCGAGGAGCUGGAGCCCGCGCCGUCGCAGCCCGGGCCGCUGGCCACCGUGGUGGGCGUCACGCAGCCCUACCUGGCCCGGCUGGGCUACCGGCGCACGGACCACGACGACCCCGCGCAGAAGCGCACGGCCUUCCGCAUCAACCUGGCCAAGCCGCGGCCCGGCGCGCCCGGCGAGGCGCACGGCCCCGUGUACCCAUGGCGCAGCCUGCGCGAGUGCCAGGACGCCCCGGUGACCGCCAGCCACUUCCGCUUCUCCCGCGUGGAGGCCGACAAGUUCGAGUUCAACGUGGUCCCCUUCCGCGAGGGCGCGCCCGCCUCCUGGACCCGCGACCUCCUGGCCUGGUGGCCCAACCCGCAGGAGUUCCGGGCCUGCUUCCUCAAGGUCAAGGUGCAGGGUCCCCAGGAGUACAUGGUGCGCUCGCACAACGCGGGCGGCAGCCACCCGCGCACCCGGGGCCAGCUCUAUGGGCUGCGCGAUGCCCGCAGCGUGCGUGACCCCGAGCGGCCCGGCACCUCGGCCGCCUGCGUGGAGUUCAAGUGCAGCGGGAUGCUGUUUGACCAGCGCCAGGUGGACAGGACGCUGGUGACCAUCACGCCGCAGGGCAGCUGCCGCCGAGUGGCCGUCAACGGGCUCCUCCAGGAUUACCUCGCCCGGCAUCCCCCGCCUGUGCCCUCCGACGACCUGGCUGCCUUCUCCAUGCUGGCCCCGCUGGACCCUCUGGGUCACAACUACGGUGUCUACACAGUCACGGACCAGAGCCCGCGGCUCGCCAAGGAGAUUGCCAUCGGCCGCUGCUUCGAUGGCUCCUCGGAUGGCUUCUCCAGGGAGAUGAAGGCGGACGCGGGCACCGCUGUCACUUUCCAGUGCCGGGAGCCACCGGCCAGGCCCAGCCUUUUCCAGAGGCUGCUGGAGUCGCCGUCCUCAGCGCUCGGUGACAUCCGCAGAGAGAUGGGCGAGGUGGCCCGGGCACAGCAGACCCAAGCUGCAGGGUCCAAUGGAAGCCGCCCAGGACAGUGA